GGCGGAGACGGUGACGACGAGCUUGACGAGACGCAUCCGGACGGUUAUCUCCACGGAGAUCGAAAACAAUGAACCAGCGACGGCGGCGUCCGAGAACCGCGACCGGGGGCAUAAUUGAACGUAAUUGAUUUUCAAUGGUCGCCGGCGCACGUGGUUGGUUGCACUGCAAUCGGUGACAUCGGUGUUCGAGACCGUUGCGUCAACGCGCUUCCAAAGUUCGUGCGCACCCCGCCGUCAUUCGUCGCUUCGCCGUCCGGCCGUUCAACGUUGUGUGCUCAUUGUUCGCACCCGUAUUCCCAGACCCUGUUCCGCCGUCGUCGUCCGCUAGCGUUUUCAGGUAACCGACGCUGAACAAUGGCUCCGAAAAAACGAUCAUGCAAUGAAACUAAAAAUUGGCUGUAUAUUUUGACCAAAUUAAAGUACAUAAUAUGUCUUAUACUAAGAGUAUUAUUAUUUUUUGCUGCAUAUAUAAUGCUUAAAUGUAGUGCACUGUUUGAAACUUUGUCUGAAUAUUUAAUAACAAAUAUUAAUACAGAAGAUUUAUUUGAGGCACCUCAUGAAAAUAGGUGUAAUUGUUCAUCUUUUAAUCCCAACAAUCAAAGUAAAAAUAUUUUGGAUAAAAAUAAAGUUGUUGAUACUAUAAUGGAAACAUUAAAUAUAAAUUUUAAUGAUAAUGAUUAUAUUGAACAAGAAAUUCAACAUGAAUCACCAUUAAAAAAAAUUAACAAUAUUUUUGACACUGUAGAUGAAACAUUAAAUAUUAAACUUGGAGACAACAAUAAAAAUGAAUUUAUAAAAGAAUUAUCUACAAAUAAACAAUGUAAUGAUUAUGCUAAUAUAGAAGAACCUAAUAUUCAACAUGAAUUACAAAAAGAAAAUAUUAAUGAUAUUUCUGAUACUGUAAAUGGAACAUUAAAUAAUAAAUUUGAAAAUGAUAAUCCAUGUGAUAAUCCUUAUAAAAAAUUAGAACUUAAAAUGGUUGAAGUAAUUACUGAUAAUGAAAAAGAAUUAUCUAUAAAUAAACAAUGUAAUGUUAAUUAUUUCAUGGAACAUAAAAUUCAACAUGAAUCUCAAGAAGAAAAUAUUAAUCACAUUUCUGAUACUAUAAAAUUUAUUGAUAAUUCUUAUUUGGAACAUAAUAUUCAACAUGAAUUAAAAGAAGAAAAUGUUAAUGAUAUUUCUGACAUUAUAAAUGAACCUUUAAGUAUAAAAUGUAUUGAUAAUUCUUAUAUGGAACAUAAUAUUCAACAUGAAUUACAAGAAGAAAACAUUAAUGAUAUUUCUGACAUUAUAAAUGAACCUAUAAGUAUAAAAUGUAUUGAUAAUGCUUAUAUGGAACAUAAUAUUCAACAUGAAUUACAAGAAGCAAACGUUUAUGAUAUUUCUGACAUUAUAAAUGAACCUAUAAGUAUAAAAUGUAUUGAUAAUGCUUAUAUGGAACAUAAUAUCCAACAUGAAUUACAAGAAGAAAAUGUUAAUGAUAUUUUUGAUUUUAUAUAUGAAACAUCAAAUAUUAAAUGUACCGAUGAUAAUCCUAAAAAUGAACUACAACAUACAAUUUUUGAUGUAAUUACUGAUAGUGAAAAAGAAACAUCUAUAAAUAAACAAUGUAAUGAUAAUAGUUAUAUGGAACACAAAAUUCAGCAAGAAUCACUUGAAGAAGAAAAAGUAAAUAAUAUUUCCAAUACUGUAAAUGAAACUUUAAGUAUAAAACGUUCUGUUAUUGAUGAUCAUAAAAAUGAAGUACAACUUAAAGUAGUUGAAGUUAAACCUAAUGCUAAAAAAAAUAGAUCUACAAAUAAACAGAAUAAACAUUUUUCAUGUACAUCCAAUGAUCAAAAUAAAUUACAAAUAAAUCAAAAAUUAAAUAAAGUGUAUGAAUUACAACCAAAAGUGAAUGAUGUUUAUAUUGAUACUGUAAAUGAAAUAUUGAAUGAAAAAUCUAUUUCUGAAACGAUUACAGUAAAAAUCGAUAGUGGAAUUAUUACUACCGACCCUAUUAAAGUUGAAAAUAGAAGUAGAUUUCCACAUCGAACAAUGAAUAUUAUAGUGAGCACCUUAAAAGAAAAUGAAAUAAAAGAUAAACAAUUGAUAAUUGAUGGGAAAUUAAACAGAGAAUUAGAUAGUUGUAGAUCUAUUUCUGAAACGAUUACAGUAAAAAUCGAUAGUGGAAUUAUUACUACCGACCCUAUUAAAGUUGAAAAUAGAAGUAGAUUUCCACAUCGAACAAUGAAUAUUAUAGUGAGCACCUUAAAAGAAAAUGAAAUAAAAGAUAAACAAUUGAUAAUUGAUGGGAAAUUAAACAGAGAAUUAGAUAGAAUGUCUAAAAUACCUAAAUCACCAACAAUCAAUAAUAGAAAUCAAUAUCAGACAAAUGAAAUCAUUUCUGUAAAUACUUCAGAUAAUGUAAGUAAAAAAAAAGAAAUACCAGUGAAAUUAGAAAUCCAAGAAACUAAAAGUUCUGAAGAAGCUUAUGAUAAUUAUUGUAAAGGCACAUCAUUCAAAAACACAAAUAAUCAUAAAUACAUCAAUCAAAAUUACAAUAGCCAUGAAAGUAGGAACUCAAUGAAUAAAUAUGAAUUAUCAAAUUUGAGUGAAGUCGAUAAAGAUAUAUUUAGUUUGGAUCCUGAAUAUUCCUUAGCUCUCUGCGUUAAUGAUCAUUUUACUCCAUCUCCUGCUUUUAUCGAUUUUAGAACCAAAUUUGGUGGUAUUGAUGAAUUAUUGGAUCAACAUUUAAUUGUUGGUGAUGUUGGUGAAAUUUUACAUGGCAAUCAGUAUAUUUUUUAUUUAAUUACCAAUAAAAAGAUUGUUACCAAUAAAACAUCAAAUAUGCAUUCAUUAGAAAAAGCAUUAAAAAAUCUACUAAUAAAGAUGAAAAAGCUUGGCCUGACAAAAUUAGCAAUUCCAUUAUAUGGAAAUGGACUAUUCUAUUAUUGUUUAUCAGAUGUAAAAAAUACUAUUUCAAAAGUAUUUUCUGGAUUUAAUAUUGAAAUAAUUAUAUGUACAGCACAAUCGAAUUUAAAUACAUUACGACCAAUUCCAUCAAAAGUAAUGUACACUUCAAAAAACUUAUGGGAAAUGGAGCCUCAAACUGAUAUAUUAAUGUUUAUAGAUAUGGGAAAAAUGUAUUUGGAUAACUGGAAUGAUGAAGUUGUUGAAAAUAUCAAUGCUAGAUAUCAAUUUAAAGACAGAUUUUUAAAUGAUAUUAACAUUAAACCAAUGGCUCCUGGUGAUGUGUGGUCAUAUAAAAUUGGCAUUGAAAUUUUGUUUUGUAUAUUUAUCAAGUCUGAAAAUGAAAACCCUUCAUAUUUUAAAUGUCUUAAUAAAGCAUUUAAUGCAAUAAAAUCGGAAAUGACUGGUUACAGAUUUUUGGGGAUCCAACUAGAACCAACAUCUUCAUUAAAUCUGAACAAUAUCACGAGUCGUACUUUAAUAUUGUUAAUGUCAGUUUUUAGUCAGGCCAAUGCAGAAAUCUGGGUAUGUGGUGAUACUAAAAAUAGCAACACACAAAAAUUUCAACAUUAUAAAAAUACUGUCAAUACUGCCAUUGAAAUGAAUAAAGGAGGAUCGAUACAAAAAACUAUGAAUAGAAGUAAACAAGAUAAAAAAAGACAUGGUAUGAAUAAUUCUACAUCACAUUCAGCAGAAAAUAAUCAUAAAAAACAUGAUGAUAAUUUUGUUAGAAAAAACCUAAAAUGUUUGAACAAUUCUAUGACAGGUAUAUUUUAUUUUAUUCAAUUAUUUUAG